UGCCUCAACGUGGCGAGGGGGUGAACAGAGAAUUACGCAUGUAUUUAUCCUGCGAUGUAUUAAUAAUAAAGGAUGCAAAUUGCCAGAGAUACGGUUGAAUUUGUGAUGAUAAGAUGACUUUCAGUACGUGACGAUCUGAUUUGGCGACGUUGAUAGUAAUACGACUACUUUCGCAUUUUCAAAUCUUGCACGUGGCAGUCUCUGUUUUUCGUUGUAGAAUCAGUGCGGCUAAUAAUUUUUAAUGACUCUUUAUUUGGUGGUCUGGUACAUAAGCAUGCAUAAUUCUUUGGCCAAAGCAGGAUAAAAUAUAUGAUACGUAAUAAUUAAUAUUUUUUUUUUUUGCUUGAUUGCGAGUGUACCUAAAAUGUUUCUCCAAUUAAUUAUUUGUAUUUCGAAGUUAACUGGUAUAAUACAGCGAUCUGAGUUACUUUCCUUGGUUUUUCCCAAUCUGCAGUUAUCUAUGAAGUUGCUUCCGAUACUUAAGCAUUGUGGGUUCAGGUCUUUUGUGUUGUGAAAGUGGUUACUGACAUUUUGGAGGAAUGUGUGGCCCCUGUAUUUUAUUUUGAAGGGGGGGGUGUGAUUGUUUCUCCGAAAUGGUGGUAACUGCCAACAAAAUCUGUAAUUUCUAAGUCGAGCACUCGAUCGACUUUGCUGAAUGCUGUCGUAAUUUUGAACUUGAAUAAAACUUUGCCUCUGAUGUUUCUUUGACAGAUACGUGCAGUGUUCAUUCCAAACUUCUACCAGUAGCUCACCCGAAAAUAUCUUUUUCCCUAGGGCAACACUUUUGCGAGUUAUCACAGUGUAAAAAAAAAAAUCUGACGUAUCAAAGUUCUUCAUCAUGGCUGAAGGCAUAGAAAUAUUUAAUAAAUUCAGGCAAAAUUAAAACUGGGAGCUAAACUCCUUACAAUAAAAGAUGAAAUGUACUAACCGUAAUACAGCAAUGGAAUUUAAAAGUUAUUCUUUACUGUGACUAGCCGUGCGAUAGAAUUCAAAGUUCCACGUUGAUAAUACAGAAGACUGUCGUUAGAUAUAAUGUACAGCGAAUUCCAUUCACUGCCCAUCUACUCCUUGGUCUUCCAAGUGGUUGCUUUCCAAGAUUCGGCGCACCAAAAUUUCCUCUCCCAUCGAAGCUUCAUGUCUAGUGCUGCAUAAUCUGAUACAUUUGACUACAUCCUAAAUCAUGAGAGUAGAAGCACUGAAGAACAUUCUCUGUAAAUGUUUAAGAUUUCUGUAUCAAUGGCUGGUCUGUGUUCACAGAAAUGAACACAGACCAUGUUCCGAGUGAAAUCAGUCCAGUCCAGUAUCUUAUUUUAAGACUGACUUUAAUAAUAUCCUUCCAUCUGUACCUAGGUCUGUGAAGUGGUUUCUUGGCUUUGGGUUUUCCACACUCGCCAUAUUCCGUGUCCAGCCAAUCCUCAAUUUGAUCGCCAUAAUCGCGAUUGGGGUGGAAUGAUGUAGGGUUUCACGGUUCAGACCAAAUCCCUACGCCAAACAUCGACGCUUUGGCUUACAACGGCGUCGUUCUGAACCGCCAUUACACACUACCUAUUUGCACGCCGUCUAGAGCUGCUUUCAUGACAGGGAAAUAUCCUAUCAGAACAGGGAUGCAAGGCAGACCUCUGAGGUGUGGCGAACCCCGAGGACUGCCACUGGAGGAGACUACCCUGCCCCAAAGGCUGAGGGACCUCGGUUAUAUCACGAGGCUUGUGGGAAAAUGGCACCUCGGAUGCCAGCGGUCCGAAUACACGCCCACAAGACGAGGAUUCGAUUCCCAUUUCGGGUACUGGAAUGGAUAUAUCGAUUACUUCGACUACAUGAUAGACCAAGACGAUUUUCUAGGUUACGACCUCCGCCGUGAUAUGAACGUGUCGUGGGCAGAGAAAGGAAAGUACGCUACUGAUGUGUUCACGCGAGAAGCGGUCCGUCUUAUCUUGCAACAUAAUACGAGCAGACCCUUGUUCCUGGAAGUGUCCCAUCUCGCAGUUCACAGUGCUAGAAACACGCAGUUACUUGAAGUGCCAAACCUUGAAGAAGCCCUGACGAAGUUCAGCUACAUCCCAGACACUCAGAGAAGAAUCUUCUCAGAAAUGACUUCGAAGUUAGACGACUCGGUGGGACAGAUUGUGUCCGCUCUCUCGGAUAAAGGAAUUCUAAACAAUACCAUCAUCGUGUUCCUGACAGAUAACGGGGCUCCGACAAUCGGUGAGCUCCAAAAUUGGGGCUCCAAUUGGCCACUUAGAGGGAUGAAGUUCACGCUGUACGAAGGUGGGGUCAGGGGAGUGGCCGUUGUCUGGAGUUCUUUACUUCAAAACCCGGGAAGGUUAUCAACGCAGAUGAUGCACAUAUCGGACUGGUAUCCAACAAUCUAUUCCAUGGCAGGCGGUGAGGUUGACAAACUGGGCGAGAUAGAUGGAGUUGAUCAGUGGCCAUCUUUGAUGGGGAAUAAUGGUGAUAUCCCUCGUAAUGAAACGUUACUGAACAUUGGCGAUUUGGACGACAUGGAAGGAAUCAUCAACGGCAAUUUUAAACUUGUUAGAUCUACAUCGAGUCAUGGGGUAUAUGAUGGUUUUUAUGGUGAAGACGGACGAGGCUUGCCAAAUCCUCCGUACGAUAGCGCUAGAGUCAUUAACAGCACUGUUUCCAAGGCAAUAAUGGCUUUGAAUAUUAACACAACGACGUCAACAAUGGAACAACUGAUUGGCAAGAUUGAAGAAAUGAGGACAGUUGCUAUGGUCAGUUGUGAGGGGAGUCAGAGGUUGUAUAUCGGAGGUCCUUAUUGUUGGAAUUAUUGCCUGUUUGACCUAGAGAAAGACCCCUGCGAGACCGUUAACUUGGCCUCAAAACAUCCGGGCGUAGUUGAGAAUUUGAAGAAUAGACUGGAAAGGUUUAAAGCUGAAAUGGUUCCUGAAUUAACUACAAGUGUAGACAGAGCCUCAAAUCCAGCUUUGUUUAACAACACUUGGGUUUGCUGGCUUGAUGACGAAAAUGUAAAUAACAUUCCAAAGACCGAUACAACCACGAAAACCAACUCUACUGUGUCAGGGAGUUCCGCAAAGAUGUCUCUGCCUGUCUACGUAUCGAUCCUUUGUAUCGUAUUAAUAUGUUUGUGUGAUCGAUCUAUGAAUAGCUUUAACAGAACGUAACAAAUAACUUUUGUCUGUAGGUGAUGUUGUGUGCUGUCUUGAUCAAACAAAUUUGAUCAUUCCAUUUAUUUAUGAACGUUAUCAUUAGCUAGGCCUAUGUAGCGAAGGAUGAUUAACAGAUCAUGAAUCGAAAAGGACGUGGUAGGAAUCCCAAUUUUCAGGUAAUGCCUCGUCAUUUGCCUAGAGCGACUGAGGUAAACCACGAAAUGUCUCGAAUUUAUACACGAUUUUCGGCCCAGAAUGUAAAAAUUUUUAAUAAAAGUUGAAGUUUUCAA